CAGCAGCAGGUAAACAGCCUGGUUAUAGACCUCCUACACGGAGCUCAUUUCGAAUGGACGUGGAUAUAACUACUAUAGGGUAACUUUGAUCCAGUUUGAUGUCCCUCAACCGAAAAUAAAAAUAUAGAGCAUAACCAACAGUUCAGUAAGUUGUGUGUGAGGCUGGUGCAGAUUGGACAACCACCUACCAUCUAGUCUCAGAGACGAUUCUGUCAUUCAACAUGAAUUCGAUUUAGAUGUUUGACAUCAGGAGAUCUGCGGUCUUUUCUCUCCGUUUGUGGACCACCUGUGGCGACCUGUUGCUCCUCAUCUAGAGUGCACAGCCAUGACCUCCGGCGUGCCCAGAGGCUGCGGCGCCGGCGUCAAACCGCUCUACUUCAACCUGUGUGACCUGGACGCCGCCUGGGGCGUGGCGGUGGAGGCGGUGGCGGCCGCCGGCGCGCUGACCUCCUUCGUCCUGCUCGUCUUCCUCCUGGGCGUCUGGCCCCUGGUGGGCGACCGGCAGCGGCGUGGCAUGCUGCACCUGCUGGUCGCCUUCACCCUGUGCACCCUGGGGCUCUUCGGCCUGGCGCUCGCCUUCGUCGUGGGGCGGGACUCGACCACCUGCGCCGUGCGGCGCUUCCUCUUCGGCGUGCUGUUCGCCGGGUGCCUGGCCUGCCUGGUGACGCACGGCCUGUGGCUGGCGCUGCUGGGCGGGGGGUCCGCGGGGGGGGCCCGGGGGCCCCGGGGCUGGCUGCUCGGCCUGGGGGGCCUGGCCCUCUGGCUGGUGGAGGUGAUGGUGAACGCCGAGUGGCUGAUCCUCACCCUGCUGCGCUCGCCGCUCCCGCCCCCCGCCGCCGCCGCCGCCCCCGACCCGUCCUGCGGCAUCGCCAACCAGGACUUUGUGACGGCGCUGGUCUACGUGAUGGCGCUGCUGCUGGCCGCCGUGGCGACGGCCGCGGCGGCGCUGGCGCAGAAGGACGGGCGGUGGCGUCGGGACGGCGCCCUGCUCCUGUCGACGGGGCUGCUCACCGCGGCCCUCUGGGCGGCCUGGAUCGGGAUGUACGUCUACGGGAACGGGGCGCUGGGCCGCGGCGACUGGGACGACCCCACCGUGGCCGUCGCCCUGGUGGCCAACGGCUGGGCGUUCCUGCUGACCUACGUGGUCCCGGAGACCUGGCUGCUGGACGCCGGGCAGGGGGGCGGUGGCGAGGAGGAGGGCUCGGACGCGGAGCACGCCGUGUACCCGGCGCGCAGCGCUCUGGACUACGGACCCGACCGGACCCCCGCCGUCCACAACCUGUACAUGGACAACGCCGCCUUCUCCAUGGAGGAGCCCAAAGGGGAAGAGCCGCUCCCGGAGGCGCCGCCGGCCCCGGAGGGCCCCCGACCGGGGCACCUGCGGCGGGGGGUGUACCAGCCCACGGAGAUGGCCCUGAUCCACAAGGGCCUGACCUACACCGACUUUCACAAGAACGCAGGAACGAUGGCCUCCGCCCCCGCUAUGAACAAGGAGACCCCCAGCCCGAGCUUAGCUUGGCCCCUCCCUCCUCCUUCUGUGCUGCGGCAUGCUGACAGCGGCAACGCUUUGAACAGGAAGCCGUUGUGGUGAUUUCUCUCUUACUGUGCAGAGAUCUCGAUCACCACCUACCUGGUGGAUGCAACAGAUCUGUCCCAUGUAUUUGUUGCGUUGAUGUUGUUGAUGUAGUUGUAAGUGUCUUGAGGGCUGAAGGCAGAACUUUGGGAGGGGGGGGCUGGACUGAAGGGGUCCCCCUGACUGAAGG